UGACAAUAAUACAAGAAAUGAAGAAAGCAUAGAUACAAAUUUGAUCACGCAACAAAGAGAGCUUUGAUCUGUCCAAUUAACAUGACCUGGCAAGACCCAAAUUAAAGUAAAAAUCGUCCUGUCUAGUAGUCUAUGGACUGGUCCAUGUCGUGGAAAAGAACCAGCGGUUGAAGAUUCAAACGUUUGUUUCUACAUAUAUACCAUGUUCAAACGUUGCGGUGCGCCCAGAAGAAAAUCCAAAUGGAAGAAGGUGCUAGUAGCACGUAACCGCUACACGAUAAUCGCAUCUCACACACACAUGGGUCGGGUCGGGUUGAACCGCACCAGAACCCAGGCGCUACACAAGCCGUUGAUCUGUAUCCGAUAAAAAUAAAAAUCCACGGCCACAAAUGCAACCAUGCAAACCAAAAUAGGGAAGCUAGCGGUGAACCAAACUUCGAAACCACUGCACAGAGUGGUGGAAGACAAGUUCAUUUCCCUGUUACGGACAUGCGGAACCUGCGUGCGGCUGCACCAGAUCCAAGCCCAGAUAGUGACCCACGGACUCGAGGGAAACGAUUACGUCACCCCGAGUUUCAUCACAGCAUGCGCGCGCCUCGGUGGAAUUCGCCGCGCGCGAAGAGUGUUCGACAAAACGGCGCAACCAAACGGCGCCACGUGGAACGCCAUGUUCCGAGGGUACGCCCAAGCCAAUUGCCACCUCGACGUCGUCGUUUUGUUCGCGCGAAUGCACCGCGCUGGCGCGUCCCCCAACUGCUUCACGUUCCCCAUGGUAGUGAAGUCUUGUGCCACUGCGAACGCUGCCAAAGAAGGAGAAGAGGUUCAUUGCGUUGUAGCCAAACGCGGCUUUAAGUCGAACACGUUUGUGGGGUGCGCGUUGAUUCACAUGUAUUCAUUGAGAGGGGGAGUGUUUGUUGCUGAUGCUUACAAGGUGUUUGCUGAAAUGCGCGACAAGAACGUGUUCGCUUGGACAGCUGUUGUUGCAGCACACGUGGCGUGCCGCGACAUGGUUUCCGCGCGGAGGCUCUUCGACCUCGCGCCGCAGCGUGACGUGGUGCUGUGGAACGUGGUCGUUUCGGGGUAUAUCGAGUUGGGGGACAUGGUGGCUGCGAGGGAGCUGUUUGAUAGAAUGCCGGACCGCGACGUGAUGUCGUGGAACACCGUGUUGAGCGGUUACGCGACAAAUGGCGAGGUUGAAUCGUUCGUGAAGUUGUUCGAGGAAAUGCCUGUGAGGAAUGUUUAUUCUUGGAAUGGGUUGAUUGGAGGGUACGUUCGGAAUGGACUAUUUAAGGAGGCUUUGGAGUGUUUUAAACGGAUGUUGGUGCUGGUUAAAGGUGAAGGUAAAGAAGGUAGUGAUGGUGUGGUUGUUCCUAAUGAUUACACCGUUGUGGCGGUUUUGACAGCGUGUUCGAGAUUGGGGGACCUUGAGAUGGGUAAGUGGGUGCAUGUUUAUGCGGAGAGUAUUGGGUAUAAGGGGAACUUGUUUGUUGGAAAUGCUUUGAUUGACAUGUAUGCGAAAUGUGGGGUUAUAGAGAAAGCUCUUGAUGUGUUUGAUGGCUUGGAUGUGAAGGAUAUAAUAACUUGGAACACUAUAAUUAACGGCCUUGCCAUGCACGGCCACGUGGCCGAUGCUUUGAGUUUGUUUGAGCGGAUGAAGAGGGCGGGAGAGAGGCCGGACGGUGUUACUUUUGUUGGGAUUUUGUCGGCCUGCACGCAUAUGGGGUUGGUGAGAAACGGGCUUUUGCAUUUCCAAUCGAUGGUUGAUGAUUACUCGAUUGUGCCUCAGAUUGAGCAUUAUGGAUGCAUGGUGGAUUUGUUGGGAAGAGCUGGUCUUAUAGACCAGGCUGUGGAUAUCGUGAGGAAGAUGCCUAUGGAGCCAGAUGCGGUUAUUUGGGCAGCGCUGCUUGGGGCGUGUAGGAUGUACAAGAAUGUGGAAAUGGCAGAGCUGGCACUUCAGCGGCUCAUUGAACUUGAACCCAAUAACCCUGGAAACUUUGUCAUGGUCUCGAACAUUUACAAGGAUCUAGGAAGAUCGCAAGAUGUCGCCCGGUUGAAGGUCGCGAUGAGAGAUACCGGGUUCCGAAAAGUGCCGGGAUGUAGUGUUAUUGGGUGCAAUGAUAGUAUGGUGGAGUUCUACUCCUUGGAUGAGAGACAUCCUGAGACAGAUAGUAUAUAUAGGGCAUUGCAGGGAUUGACUAUUUUGUUAAGAUCCCAUGGAUACGUUCCAAAUCUUGUGGAUGUUGCUCAUGCAAACUGAAUGAGGUGGGAGGUAUUGUGAGUAUAGUCAUCAGUUCUUUGUGAUCUGGCUCACCAUCCGAAAGACCCAAUCAAUUCCACAGGCCAAAAUCAAAUCUUUAAAUUCUGGGUCUGUUUUGAAAAUCAAUUCUAAGGCCUUUGAAAUAAUGAAAUGGAAAAAUCACCAAGUCUUUCAUCCUGCAUCGGCUUUCGAUCAGAAUCAGUUAUGGUAUAUAUCAAAUGUCAAUUGCUUAGUAGUCAAACUGGCAAUAUGGCAACGGUUACUUCUCCAUGCCCAUGUCUCCGUUAUUAGCAUUUGGCUUCACCAGUUCUCCUGAACUUGAGACUAGGGAAAUGCAUGUCAUUUUCCUAUUUAACAGUCAUGCCAUUUGCCAUCGUUGGAAAAAUGUAUUAGUUACACAAUACUUGUUUUGAUUCAGAAAAGAAUACAAAGCUUUGAAUUGAUAGAUUAUACCGAAUAAGAUGCUGAACUGACUGCUCUGCAAAUAAACAUUUGCCUUUCACGGCAUUAUCUUUAGGAGUAGUUUCAAAUGUCAUUUUUUGUUUUUCUGCCGCAACGCAAUUGAUGAGUAAUAAAAUCCUGAUUCCUUGAGUAGCA